UUCCCGGUAAAGGAUGUAUUGUAAGAUCGGAGCGCGACGAGACAGUACAUUAUAAUAGUUAUAGUGAUGGUGUGGUUGUAUUUAGUGGGACUGGCUAUUGCCCUAUAUUAUGUUAAUAAGUGGAUACGAAGCGAUGAACAGUUUGAGAAAAUUCCAGGCCCGCCGGGAAUUUAUAUUUUUGAAAAUGCUUUGGACUUUCUGAUGGAUCCUGUUACACUGUUUUAUUACUUUAGGAAGCUGGGCAGUCAGUAUAAGCAGUUUUUUAAAUUAAAACUUGCAUCCAGGAAAUUUAUUGUAAUAUGCAAUCCUGAAGAUACCGAGGCGAUUAUUGCUGGCACGAAAUACAACAAAAAAGGUUUUCUGUAUGGAUUUAUAGAGCCAUGGCUGAAGGAAGGGCUGCUGUUAAGCGAUGGAGAAAAAUGGCAACAGCGCCGGAAAAUUCUGACGCCGACUUUUCAUUUCAAUAUUUUACGCCAUUUUAAUACGAUACUAGAAGAAAACUCACGAAAAUUAGUAAAACAACUUGCUACUGAGGUCAAAAAAGAUAAAACCGAUGUUUCUACCUUUAUUACUGAAUUCACGCUGCACUCUAUAUGUGAGACUGCCAUGGGAACCAAGUUGGACAGUGAGACCAGCAGCGUCGGGCGCAGCUACAAGGACGCUAUUAUAAAACUAGGAGUGUAUGCCGUUCACAGAGCACAGAGAGUGUGGCUAUACCCCGACCUCAUCUUCCCUUGGACUCAGCUCGGACGCAAGCAGCAGAAGGUCCUGGACUUGAUGCGCUCCUUCAGAGACAGCGUCAUCGAUAAAAGGAGAGAGUCUAAUAAUAUCAAAGAUAUGCUCCUCGAAGUAGCGAAUGACACCGAUGAGCAAGUAAUAUCCGUGGCGGGGAAAAAAAGACUGGCGAUGCUUGAUCUUUUACUGCAGGCCGAAAGAGAAGGUAUUAUUGAUGCAAAUGGAAUUGGAGAGGAAGUAGACACGUUCAUGUUUGAGGGUCAUGAUACUACCGCAACAGCUCUUCAGUUUACUUUGAUGUUAUUGGCUUGUUAUCCGGAUGCACAGGACAAAGCCUUUGAAGAAUGCAAUCAAAUAUUUAAAACUCCCGACCAACAAACAACGAUGUCGGAUUUGUCCCAAAUGAAAUAUCUGGAAUGCUGCAUCAAAGAGUCCCUGCGGCUCUACCCUCCGGUACACUUCAUUAUGAGGAAGCUCGAUCAGCCUUUCAAAUUGAAUACUGGCGGAAACGAAGUGCCGGCGGGCUCGGACUGCGCCAUUCUGCUGUGGGAGCUGCAGCGGCGCAGCGACCAGUUCGUGGAGGCGCUCGAGUUCCGGCCCGAGCGGUUCCUGCAGCCGCCCACGUGGCAUCCCUACGCUUUCAUCCCUUUCAGCGCUGGGCCCAGAAACUGCAUAGGUCAAAAGUUCGCAAUGAAUGAGAUGAAGUUCGCAUUAUCCGCAAUACUGAGGAACUACAGGCUGCUGCCAGUGUCCACUCCUCAGAAUAUCGUGUUCAUCACAGACUUCAUAUUGCGACCAGUUGAACACAUUUAUGUUAAAUUUGAAAAUAGACAUCCUUAUAAAUUAAUGGACUUAGGGCGAGACUUUGCAAAGAGAUUUCAUGGAAUUUACAGAUUUUGGUGUUACCCGUUAGGGGCAGUGACCAUCUAUAAUCCAGAAGAUAUAGAGAUAAUUAUGUCAACCAUGAAACAUAGUGAAAAAAGCAUUUUAUAUCAUUUAUUGAAACCAUGGCUACAGGAAGGGCUGCUGCUAAGUAACGGUGAAAAAUGGCAAACUCGUCGUAAAAUCCUGACACCCACCUUUCACUUCAAUAUACUGCAGCAGUUCAGCAUAAUUCUGCAGGAGAACGCGCAGAGGCUCUUGACUGUUCUUGAGGCGGCCUCGGAGCGGCCCGUCGACGUGGUGCCCGUCAUAUCCGAGUUCACACUUAGCUCCAUUUGUGAAACCGCAAUGGGGACGCAAUUAAAUGAACAGGAAACCAAUGCCGCCAGGUCUUACAAAGACACGAUAUACAAAAUUGGUCAAAUUUUCAGCAAACGUUUUGCGAGGAUAUAUUUGUUUUCGGACUUUAUUUUUAAUUAUACGUCGUUAGGCAGAGAGCAGAAAAAUCUUUUGAAAAUAGUCAGAAAUUUUACUAAAACUGUCAUAGACCAAAAAAAGGUGAUGCUUGAAAAUAAUAUUAAUUCAGAUGCAAUAAAAGACGGCGAAGAAUAUGACGACAUUUUUUUUAUGAGCAAGAAGAAAAAAGUAGCUAUGCUAGAUUUAUUAAUAUCUGCUAAAAAAGAUAAACUGAUUGAUAGUGCAGGCAUACAAGAAGAAGUCGAUACAUUUAUGUUUGAGGGACACGACACGACUGCUUCGGGAUUGACAUUUUGCAUGAUGGCGCUAGCUAAUAAUAGGGACAUACAGAACAAAGCUGUAGCAGAACUGAAAGAGUUGUUUGGCGACUCGGACCGCGCUAUUACCAUGGAAGAUAUUAACAAGUUGCCGUUUCUAGACCGCUGCAUCAAGGAAUCGCUACGGAUCUAUCCUCCCGUGCAUUUUAUUAGCCGUCAAUUGACUGAAGAUGUUCGAUUGAGCAACAAAUACGAUGUCCCCGCUGGAGUGGCAUGCCACAUCUCCAUCUACGACCUGCACCACCGCGAGGACCUCUACCCGGACCCGACCCGGUUCGACCCCGACCGAUUCUUGCCAGAACAUUGCGCCCGGAGACACCCCUACGCGUACAUACCCUUUAGCGCGGGACCUAGGAACUGUAUAGGUCAAAAGUUUGCCCUGCUCGAGAUGAAGUUAGUGCUGGCGGAAGUGUUGCGGAAGUUCGAGUUGCAGCCGGUCACCCGCCCGGAGGACCUCAGCUUCAUCGGGGACCUUAUCUUGAGGAACAAGGGUCCCGUCUACGUCAACUUUACGAAAAGGAAGUCUGCCGCGACACAGUGA